GUUUGAGUGACAAACAGCUGCUGCAGCCCGCUGAGGACUCUCUGGAUCUGAUCGGUGACCGAGAGCUGCAGCGGAGUCUGAGCAGCGUCAGGUCAAAGAGAAACAGGCGAGGCCCAGUCAUCGAGGCGGACGGGAUGCUGAAGAUGUUCCACUGUCCGUACGAAGGCUGCAGUCAAGUCUACGUAGCUAUCAGCAGCUUUCAGAAUCACGUGAACCUAGUCCACAGGAAAGGGAGGACCAAGGUCUGUCCUCAUCCAGGCUGCGGGAAAAAGUUUUACCUGUCCAAUCACCUGCAUCGACACAUGAUCAUCCACUCAGGAGUCAGAGAUUUCAUCUGUGAGACGUGCGGGAAAUCGUUUAAGCGUAAGAAUCACCUGGAGGUCCACAGGAGGACUCACACAGGAGAAACACCGCUACAAUGUGAAAUCUGUGGGUACCAGUGUCGUCAGCGAGCGUCUCUGAACUGGCACAUGAAGAAGCACACUUCAGAGGCUCACUACAACUUCACCUGCGAGUUCUGCGAGAAGAGGUUCGAGAAACUGGACAGUGUUAAAUUUCACAAACUAAAGAGCCACCCGGACAAACUGGCAACGUGAAGUGUUCAGAAACCUGAUGAUGGGACUUGUACAGAACGGCCGUCAAAAAACAAAGGAAGACUUCCAGUAAAGAGACUUUGCUUUGCUGUGUUUUUCUGGCCUCUCAUGUUCAGGAUAAUAUGAGUAUCCACUGAAAAACACACAAGAAGUGGAUAAAGUGGGCCUAACAGCUAUGCAGGACACAAGCUAAUUCAGAGUAGGCCUAUAGGGCCAAAACAGGGGUUCUGAACAUGUUUCGUACAUUAACAGCUCAAUCAUACUUUUUUAAUCAUUUUAUAAACCAUUACAAGACAAAAAUCAAGAGUACAAAUGUAAUAAAUGGCUGAUACAGGGUGUUUGACAUCAGACAUCAGCUUCCAACUUUAGCAUGGUCGGCUAACUAGCUUACUACCUGAAAUAGUAAUCCAUUGUUACUUCAAAUAGCAGCUGUAUCUACUAUUAUUGUAAGUUGUUGUUAAAAAAAAGAGCCUGUUCACAGCUAGCACAUCCACAGUGCAGUAUUUCCCCACUGUGUGGGAGCCAGUCCAAGAUGCUACUGUAGCUAGGCUAACGUUAGCUCCUUGACCCUGGUUCUUCUUGGAAGCUAACUUGUUAUGCCUGAAAGAGUUUUGUUAACUAAAUACAUUGGUUACUUCUCAUCCUAAAAGCCUUUUUAUUUCAAUGCUCAAAGUCAAAUUUAAGAAAUAUUUUAAUCAUCAUAAAUCCAAUCACUGUUUUGCUUGUUAGCUUAGCAGCUAACGCUUAAUAAUCAAUGUUCAAUAAUAAUUAAAAUACUAGGACUUAAGAAUAGAAAAAUGCUGUUUCUUUAUUUCUAUGUAAUAUUGCUAAAUAUUAUACUUUAACUGGUUUCUUAUUUUCAUAACGAGUCAGUUUAAAACAUGAAAUAGUCGAUUGAAGAUGGUGUUUCUUUAGCUAGCUUAUGUAGCUAACGUUAGCUUGAUUAGCUAGCUAGCUAGCUAUAUCUGAUCAAAUCUUUCAGUGGCAGCAAUAAUUUCCGCUGGUUUAAUUUGCUGUUGAUGGCUAGAAGUGGGAAUCAUCCUUUAUUUUACCUCUGAAUGAAAUAUAGGCCUACAGGCCAUUGUUUUGAAAAAUGAAAAGAAUCUUGAGUUGGGAUUUGGAUACCAUUUUAUAUCUAUUAAUUUGAAAGUGCUCUGAUUUGAAGAUUAAUACCUCCAAGAAAGAUUAUUGAUAACAUUUCAGUUGAAUGGAUUAUUUUUGUAAUAUUCUUGAAAUUAAGGCUGUGAAAUUAAAUUAAUGAGGUUUGAGUGUUGUUGUGUGUUGCACUAGGCUACUCGUACUGGCAUGUGUAGGAUCUUCCAUUUUUGUCAAAAAUGUUGUUUUGUGAGCUAAAGGCAAAUACUUUGCCUUAAAUUUUCCCUCUCAAUCUUUUUUCAUUGUCCCAUUGACAGUUCCUCAGGAAAACUCACCUCAGUCCUCUUUUGUCCUGUCUGUACUUUAGUUUCCAAAGCACUUUUUGUUAACUGAUGAAUCACUAAAAUGUGCCAAUAUGACCCAUACGUGACGUAUUUCUUUGGAACACAUUUGUUUGACACAUGGUUAAUAAUAUGCAGCGUGUUGUCGCCUCUUGCAUUACGCUUUCAAGGGUGGGUGUUUGUGUGUGCCAAGUGCGGGUGCAUAAAUAUUCAGAAAAGGCAUGAAGAUCACAAGUGAC